CCACUUGCUGCUGUGUUGACUCCACAUGCAUUGUCCCACAGAUCGUUCACAGACUUACUCAGGCCGGAACAUCGGCUUCAACCGGCGCCAAACACCUUGCAGUCGCUCAAGAAUGUCUUCUUCGCUUCGCCAUUCAAUGUUCUUCUCGUGUGCAUCCCCAUAUCCUGGGCUCUCUACUUUGCUUUGGAUCGCGGCGAUGCAACAAAUGCGCAGAGUUGCCAGGAACAUCUCGGGAACAAUCUAGCUGUCUUCAUCACUGCAUUCUUGGCCAUCAUACCCUUGGCUCAGCUCCUUUCCUUUGGAACGGAAGAGAUCGCCCUCCGCGUUGGCCAGACAUUAGGUGGACUCAUCAAUGCGACCCUCGGCAAUGCAGUGGAACUAAUUGUAGCUAUCAUUGCGCUGUUCCACUGUGAGCUCACCAUUGUGCAAACUUCGUUGAUUGGCUCCGUACUGAGCAACGUCUUACUGGUGCUCGGAACUUGCUUCCUUGUUGGGGGCCUUCGUUAUUCGGAACAAGAAUUCAAGCAAACGGCCGCCCAGCUCAACUCCAGCCUACUCGCAAUGGCAGUCAUUGCCGUCCUGAUACCUGCUGGAUUUCAUGCCACACUUGGGGAAUCGAUCCAGGAUCCUCAGGAACGCAUUGACCUCCUCAAAGUGUCUCGAGGCGUGAGCAUCAUCCUCUUAGUCAUCUAUGGUGGCUACCUCUUCUUUUCCCUCUCUUCUCACAAGCAGCUCUAUGACGACGAUGAAGAGAGCACCGAGGAGCCCUCUCUCAACGUCGGUGUAGCAAUCGGUCUUCUCUGCGUCUCUACCGCUCUCGUCGGCGUCACAUCGGAAUGGCUUGUAGACAGCAUCAAUGGUGUGACUUGCACAGGCGCCCUUUCAGAAACCUGGGUGGGCUUGAUCCUCUUGCCCAUUGUUUCGAAUGCGGCUGAACACUGGUCCGCGGUGUCUGGAGCUUCCAAGAACAAGAUGGACUUGGCAAUGGGCAUUGCCGUUGGCUCGUCGAUUCAAAUUUCCACCUUUGUCAUUCCACUGCUGGUCGUCAUCUCCUGGAUAGCAGGGAAGCCUUUGAGUCUCCUCUUUGACCCCUUCAUUGCCAUACUCCUUUUCCUGGCGGUGUUGAUCGUCAACUACGCCAUCUCGGACGGCAAGUCAAACUACAUGGAGGGCUGGCUUUUGAUCAUGGUCUACCUGAUCAUCGCUCUCGUGACGUGGUUCGUGGAGCCCUCGAGCGCUUCGGAGCUGUUUCCUGACUCUGUUUGUACCUGA